UUGCAUCUCACUUUGUCUAACUAUUGCAUUUUGUGUGCAAAAACCUUAAGCUUAGUGUAGUCAACUCAACUAGUAUUUUAUUUUUAUUUAAUUUUGCAUCGAAAAUGUGAUGAAGGAGUUAAAUUUUGGGUUUUGGGAUUCUAAUCGUUUGGUUGAACCAACGUCAACGUGUUUGCAAAUGCGAAUAGUAAAAUAUAAAGUGUUGUUUCAUUUUCAUUUUCAUUUUCACACUUAUACAUCACUGCAAUGAAUUUUCGUUGCAUUUCUUCUUCUUGCAAACGCAAAUCAUCAACCCCUUUUUCAUGCUCUUCUUCUCAUCAAAAUAAUAAUAAUCCCCUUUCCAUGUUGAACAACUCUUUCAAUAAUAAUAAUAAUGACGGUGAUGGUGAUGAUGCUGCCGAACGUGCGUUUUGUUGUCGUUUCAUUGGCCCUCCUCCUUCUCAAACUGAAGUUCAUCAUGCACUCUCUUCUCUCCAGCGGGUGUUAGGGUCCACUUCGCGUAUUGAGCCCUUUAGGGACACAUAUUGCGACAAACCAGAAAAUGAGCAAGGCCAUGUUUCUAAAGAUGAGGCAGAUACAGACUGGCUAGAACCAACUUUGUUUCCAUAUAAUCCGAUAAUGCUACAAGCAAAUGGAUCUGAUAGAGUUUUUUUUGCAAUUCACUUGUUGCAGACUGAUCCAUCUGUUCAGAGAUUAGUAAAAUCAUUAUCAACGGAUGAAGCUGUUUGGGAGGCUGUUCUGAACAAUGAAGUCGUUCAGGAACUCAGAGAGUCAAUAUCUGCAGACAUCAAAUUUGCAGAUCAAGAGCAUGUUCUUCAGAGUCUAGAUGAGAUUGCUAAUGAUAACCCUCAUAAUACAACAAAUGUUUUAAUUUGGCUAGUAAAUACUGCCAGAGCCAAAUUCAUGGAAGUAAUUGAGAAAAUUACGAAGAUUGUGAUCAAUUUUUUUCAAGAUUCAUUUAACAAGACGGCUGCCGAUACAGAAGAUUCUAAACCCUUUAAUGAGAAACUGAGAGUUUCUUUCAUGCUUUCCAUCAUGGUCUUGUUGAUUGUGGUGGUGAGUCGUGUCCAAAGUUAAGACACAACAUAAUUUGACUACAUGACUAGACAUAAUUAUUUUGGACUCUUGGGUUAUUUUGCACAUGCCGAACUUUCUAAAUGUGAUCCUAUGUUUUUGGUCCUAUUGUUUAUUCUUGUUCUUAAUAAAAAAUCUAUCAGUUAAUUAACAUAUAGUUCUUGAAUGCUACAUUUUAUUUUCGUGAA